ACGAGACACGAGUGAAGAAGAAGAGCUCGAGCAUUUCGAGAAUACCUCUUAGUUCGCCUGAAAGAUUGACGUCGGAUGGAGAAAGUAACGCAAGGUGACGGUGGCCGAAGACCGACGGGCUCGGCGAAUGAAGUUUCAACCCUCACAAUCGCGCCGCCUCUCCAGGCCCCGAGCGAGUCUUCCAACGUUGGCCGAGCAACGACUGGUCCUUCAGCUCCCACCAUCACGGCCCUUGCUGGACGCUCUCGGCGACCUCGAAACACGUUAUCAUCCACCUCUUCGUCCGCCUCGCAAGCCCACAUCGCCGUCCCCCUGGAGCAGACGAAGCACUCUUCGAGUAUUUCCCGAACCGUGUGUUCGCGCUCAGAAACAGCUGAACCAGUUCCGCUCACCCAUGGCAUCCAGUCGUCCACUACAGCGUCUGUUUCUCCCCGGCCGAAGGAGGAGCUGGCGUCGUCAUCUAAGAACGCCCUCCAGGCCACCAGCCGCACUGGCCGUAGUCGCACGGACGACCUUACGCGCGAAGACCGCAAGGCUCGCCGACGUCAAGAGUCCAGUGUGGAAGCUUCCCCACUUUUCCCGGCGAUUCGCGCUUCUCACGAAUCUCGUCCAGCCGCCACCGGCACCGAGGGUUCUGCAGAGAAGACAAACCUGCCGGAGGCUAUUGUUAGCAGCAAGCAGCGUUGCCAAGAGUUGCCGGUCGGAGCUGAGCUGAGAACGGAAGUCGGCGCUCCUUCUCCAUCAAAGGCGCAACCGCAGCAUUCCACAGUGAACCGGGAUUCCAUCCUAGACAAGGGAAGCGUCAUGCAUCGUCCCGAUACGGUGGUUUCUGGACCAGCAGCGGCCCCUAAGAAAAUCCGCCGAAGCCUAACCGCGGCUAAUAUCAAGCGGAGGUUACAGACUGCCCUUGGUACCACGCCUGGCGCGACUGCAUUCACUCCUAACAUCCAGGACCUCCUUCAACUGAAAAAGCCGUCCUUGGACCAGCAGUCGCUAUGGCAAAGCCUACGCGCAGUCAUUCUCGAGGGAGCACCCCAGCACCGCCGGACGCUCAUCUAUUUGCUGUUACUAUGUGCGGCGGCUGGAAGUCUACUUCUGGGCUUACUCAUGUUUGGGAUGUUCAGUGGGCAAAAUCCGAGUGCAGUCAAAGUUUGCGCAAAUAACGACUGCGUAGGUCACGUGGCAACGCUCAGUUUGGCCCACAGCGAGGACAUCGCCAGACCCUGCACCAAUUUUGCCCAAUUUGUGUGUUCUGGAGUAAAGAACAAGUACAGUUCCUUGGCAAACAGCAUCGUUAUGCAAAGUAUACUCCACCAAACAGAACAAGUUAUCAGGCAACACGUGAACCAUUCAGUCUUCAACAGACCCUCCCAAAUGUUCCGCAGGUGCCUUGACGCAAACAGUCGUGACGACGGCACGCUGAAAUUUUUUGUCGACUUUUUACGCGACAAGAGCUUCGCCUGGCCGACCCCUGAUGAAGCAGACGCUUUCCCGGAUGCCAGCUCUAGAAACUACUCGCAACCACUGAAAAUAUUGCUCGAUCUCGCAGUGACGUGGGCGAUGCCACUCUGGUUCCGUUGCGACCUCAUCGUUCGACGUGAGCGUAGUGACCGUGCUCUUAGGCUUGCUCCAUCUCCUUUUGGGCAUGUAGGAAAAAUAUUUCACGACAUCGCAGUGAGUACCAACUUAUACGCUACCUAUGUUGAGUUCAUAGCAAGCAUCCUCUUCACGCUUCGAAAGCCAACACCUGCGUUUGCUUAUUUUGUCCGGCACAGUAAAAGCAUGCAUGAAGAGAUCUACAACAACUUAUCGAUCACUGUCACGAGUUCAAAUUUCGAUGCCAAGAAAGUUCUAUUGUGGGAGAUACCCUCGUUUUUGGCAGAGCUCACGGUCAACGACUGGCAGAGGGCGCUGAGAACAGUGUAUGAUGUGCAUCCUCCGAUCAGCCGCGACGACAUAGUUUUUGUGACAAACCACCGGCUACUAGUCGUGAUGUCCACACUCUUCGAAAACUACACACCGCAAGAAAUUGCGUUUCACGUCGUGUGGUGGUUCGCUCAGAUCGGCUGCACCCUCGCGAGUAGCGUCCUGUUCAACUCCCUCAGCAGUGUCCGGCUCGGAACUCACCUGCAAUCCGCAUAUUGCAUCACUCUAGCCAAGUUGUUCUACAACAUUUUGUUGGCGGCUGCGGCCAAAGCUGAUACUUCCAUCCCAGAUCAGAUGAGGAUAACUAACUAUUUCGAAAACGUAAAGACUGUUGCUGUUGAAAAACUCGGAUCUAUGACGAAUAUCGAGAACUUCACAAACGACGCAUUCCAGAGCAUGCUCAUGAAGACGGAAACUGUCCUCUGGCCCAGCGGCAGUUUAGCAAGCACGCAAGGCUUGCAACUUCACUACGGUCCAGCGUAUAACGGCUCCAUCGGAUUGAUUGGUGAAGUGCUUGAGACAGUUCGUUUCCCGCAGCGCUUCAUCGGAACAUACGAAAGCAGUGUUGCUGCGAAGAUAUUGUUUCCUACGGGUGCACGCCUGACAUCCUACGAUACUGCACAGAACGUCAUCUCUGUGGCGACAGACCUGCUCGGGCCGCCUUUCUACUAUUCUAGUGGCACCAGCGCCAUGAUAUACGGCGGGCUUGGCUUUGUUUACGCCAUGGAGGUUGUGAUCGCAUUGAACAGCAUGAGUGCUCUAAUCUACGACAACCUCACUUCGACCCCGAUCCAGUCGUUGGGUGGGAGCCUCUGGGUCCCACCAUCGUGCGAGAAUCGCGAUUUACUUUUUCCGGAGCAACCAGCGCUGGCCUUGGCCCACGCGGCAUACCUGCGCUUUCGUGACGCGGAUUCGGACCUCCCUCUGAAAGGCUUAAGCUUCAGCCCGGAACAGAUAUUUUUCAUUACCUUUUGCCACGCUACGUGUUUGUUCUACCCGAACAAUACCCAUUUUUCACCGGCCUGCAACGAAGCGGUGAAGAAUUUUGCACCGUUUUCGAAAGCAUUUUCCUGCCCGAAGGGUUCAGAAAUGAAUCCUGCAAUGAAGUGCGGAUAUCUCUAGUAUAUUUAUUCUCUAAUAUUUGUCCGUAUCAUGCAGUAAAGUCAUCUAUGUCGCCGAUG